AUUCUAGGAGAAAUCAAAACUAAACUGAGCUCACAGUUGCCCUCUGUAGAAAAAUCGCAGAACAUACGCAAGAAAGGCACAGAUGAAAGCAGAACUCUUUCCUGAUAGAUGUCAGGAAACUCUUCCAGUGCCUCAGAAGAAGAAACUGUUUUGCGGAUGCUCCACGCUAGGAUUUUACUGCCCGCACUGAAACCUGAGAAACAGAAUCAGUGGGAUUUCUGGACUUGGAGUUGAAUUCUCCUGAGAUAAAGGACUAACUACCAUGAAGAGAAAAACAGUGCAGUUGAGAUAUCUUUGCAGUGCUGGAGACAGCCAUAAAGGUCCUGUUGGUUUGUACAACAUUGGACAGACUUGUUGCCUCAACUCUUUGCUCCAGGUGUUCAUGAUGAACCAGAAUUUUGCCAAAAUCUUGAAGAGUAUCACCAUGCCUAGGGGAUUGGAGGAACGAAAGAGAAGUGUCCCUUACCAACUGCUUCUGCUCUUGGAGAAGAUGCAAGACAGCCGGUUGAAAGCAGUAUGGCCCAUGGAGCUGGUAUUCUGCCUGCAAAACUAUAAUCUUCCAUUGUUCGUUCAGCACGAUGCUGCCCAACUCUUCUUGACCCUUUGGAAUUUGAUUCAGAACCAAAUUACAGACCCAGAGUUGUCAGAGAGGCUGAAGACUUUGUACACGAUCACAAUGCGGGAGUCCUUGAAUUGUUUAGACUGUGGUGUGAAGAAUCAAAGGGAUAGCUACACAUUGAUCCUUUCGCUCUCUCUUUUUGAUACUGACUCACAACCUCUGAAAACCCUGGAGGAUUCCAUACAUUGUUUUUUCCAGCCCACGAAGUUGUCAGGCAAAAACAAAUGUUUCUGUGAGAACUGUGGGAAGAUGACUUGUUGGGAACAGACCCAGAAGAUAACACAUUUGCCCCCAACACUGACAUUCCACCUCAGACGGUUCUCCUCCACAAAUUUCUCAGAGACUCAGAAGGUCAUCCACCCACUGAGUUUUCCCAAAAACCUGAUCUUUUCACCAGAACAAGAUUGGUGGGACUCUGAAGAACAGAAAUAUGAACUUUUUGCAGUGGUUGCUCACAUGGGGACAGCCAACUAUGGACAUUACUGUGCCUAUAUUUGUAAUUCUGCUGAUGGCAGAUGGUUUUGCUUCAAUGACUCCAGUGUCUGUUGGGCUACAUGGGAAGAUAUCAAAAGAACUUAUGGGAACUAUUAUUUAUAUUGGGGAGAAAUAGCUUAUCUUCUGGUUUACAUGAAGGUUGAGAGCUAGUUGGCUAGUUCUCCAACUACUUCACAACUGUCAGAUAAUACCAGUCCUUUUCUAGCUUCAAAAUAUAUUGACUUCCCAAUUGCCUCGGCCAAAAAAAAUUAAGCAAAAGAUAAUGACUUUUUUUUUUUUUUGGUUUGGUUUUUGCAAGGCAAUCAGGGGUGACUUGCUAGGGUCACACAGCUAGUAAAAUCCUCCUGACUUCAGGACCAGUGCUCUAUCCACUGAACCACCUAGCUGCCCUAAAAUAUGUUGACUUUUUAUAAAAGGACACUGUGUCUUCACUAUUUAUAUGGCAAUCAAUUCCAUGUAUAUUUCCAGGAGAACUCAAUCUUGGUUUGUGUCUAUAUAAUUAUGUUUAUUGUCAAGCACAAUUAUUUAUCAAAUGUCAUUGAACUUGAUGUUACAUCCUUCUUGCCUUCCUGUUUUCCUUCCUGUAUUCUUCAGUACUCCUGCCUUCCACAAAUAUCCACUGAAUACUUACUACACAAGAGAUGCUGUACUAGGUAUUAUGAUUAAUAAACAAGUUCUUAUCCUUAAAAAACUUUAAAAAGAUACUGUCAACAGGCAAUCACAACUUCUUGAAACAUGUGAAAAGUAUAUUUAUUACAACAGGAACGAGCAUGUAUGUGGAACCCAAAGAAUUCACAAUCCAUACAGAAGUUUGCAUUGAUAAUACAAUAAAGGAAGGAGAAGAAAACACAUCUCAACCUAAAGGGGCAUGGCAUGGGAGGGAGGAAAAUGAAGUAAAUGUGGGAAAAGGACAAAAGGGGAGCUUAACUGAAGGGGAGGAGCAAGGUUAUGGCAAAAAACAUCUUUCUUUUCUCUUGGGGACCAUUAGAUCAUGAAGAUAAGAUGGUCUGCUUAUCUAUAAGAUUACUGGCUGCAUAAGCACUUUCUCAGUCAGUCAACUGUUGACUAUCUCCUGUCUGGAUUCCAAAGGAUCUACAGGGAAUCCAGCUGGGAUACAAAUAACAAAUUAUGCCAGCUCAGGGUCUCCUGUAUAUUCUGGGUCCUGUAUGUUUCUGGAAGAUAUGGCCAUUCAAAAAGAAAAGUUCAGGGGACCCCUUAAUAUUCCUUAACAGUAAUAUAUCCCAUCUCAUGUUAUCCAGUGUGGGAAUUUUGCCAUUAGUCUUGCCUUCCUUCUCUCUACCAGGAACAACCACAUUCUAGACCAAGUGCUUUCAACUGAGGCUGAGCCACCCUGAUUAUUGAAUGUUUAAGUAAAAAUUCAUUUCAAUACUCUAUGUGUAGUUAGUUCUUGAUCAAGCUUCAUAUACUGUUCAGCAUUCCACCAGAAAAUCAGAGUCUGUGCAAGGCCUUGUUCUUGACUUUGGAAUAAUAAAAUUGAUAUUAUUAUUGCAUCUGAAAAGGGCUUUACAAUUUACUUUCAUUUAGCUAGAC